CCUCUCCCAAAUUACACAAAGCCACAUUUCUUCUCUUCGUCUCCGUCGUCUCGGACUCUUCUCCCAAAUCGAGCAAGCCAGCCACAGCUCCUCGUCUCCUCCUCCCCGCCUGGAUCCUUCUCCGCCUCCGCGACUCCCUUCUCCACGGACCAGCAACCGGCGGCCGCAGCGGCGGCCGUAUGAAUGAGCGGCGGAGGUAGCGGUGGUAGCCUGGUAGGGUUGCGUUGCGGGAGCCGAUCGCCGGGUGGGUGGAAGUAAAGCGGGCGGAGGUGGCGCCUGGUAUGGCGGGUGCUCCGCCAGCGGCGCCUGGGCCGGGGGGCGGCGCCGCGGCGGGGCUGAAGACCUACUUCAAGACGCCCGAGGGGAGGUACAAGCUGCAGUACGAGAAGACGCACUCCGCCUUGCUGCACUACAGCCACGGCGGGAAGACCGUCUCGCAGUUGACAGUGGCGUGCCUGAAGGCGAAGCCUACUGAACAGGGCUCCACGCCGUCAACACCAAGCUCCAGCAGUGGGAUGCGAUCUGCAGCAGCAAGGCUGCUGGGCACUGGGAAUGGUAGCAGGGCACUUAGCUUUGCUGGGGGCAAUGGAGUAAGCCGGGCUGUUUCUGGAAGCAGCCGUAUAGGAGGUGGCCUUGGUACAUCUAUAGGCCUUGGUGGAUCUCAAGGGGUGGCAAAUUAUGAUGGCAAGGGUUCAUACAUCAUCUUCAAUGCUGCUGAUACACUAUUCAUCAGUGACCUCAAUUCCCAUGAUAAGGAUCCAAUAAAGUCCAUCCAUUUCAGCAACUCAAACCCAUUAUGCCACGCAUUUGACCCAGAAGCCAAAGAGGGGCAUGACCUGAUCAUUGGGAUGGGAUCAGGGGAUGUCUAUUCAAUGUCACUGAGGCAACAGUUACAAGAUCCUGGGAGGAAGCCUGUUGCAGCCCAACAUUACAAUAAGGGUGAUAAAGAUGUAACACCCAAUGGCAGCCGGUGCACAUCUGUUGCAUGGGUGCCUGAGCGUGAAGGCAUUUUUGCUGUUAGCCAUUCUGAUGGAAAUCUGUAUGUGUAUGAUAAAAACAAGGAUGGGAGCACAGAUUGUAUGUUUCCAGCUUUGAAGGAUCAAUCCCAGUUCACGGUUUCUCAUGCAAAGUCAAGUAAGAGCAACCCAAUUGCCAGAUGGCAUAUAUCUCAAGGUUCGAUCAAUGCCAUUUCCUUUUCACCAGAUGGCGUGUACUUGGCGACUGUUGGGAGAGAUGGUUAUUUGAGAGUUUUUGAUUUUUUAAAGGAACAACUAAUAUUUGGGGGGAGAAGUUAUUAUGGUGCUCUGCUUUGUUGCACGUGGAGCUCGGAUGGCAAAUAUCUAUUAACAGGUGGUGAAGAUGAUCUUGUGCAGGUAUGGAGCAUGGAUGAUAGAAAGAUAGUUGCAUGGGGCGAAGGGCAUAAUUCCUGGGUUAGUGGAGUUGCUUUUGAUUCAUAUUGGUCCCCACCGAAUUCUGAUGGAACAGGAGAAAAUGUCUAUCGCUUUGGUUCUGUUGGUCAGGACACCCAACUGCUUCUGUGGGACCUUGCACUGGAUGAGAUUGUUGUCCCGCUACGUCAUCCUUCAAGUGGCUCGCCGACAUUUAGCAGUGGAAGCCCUUCUGCACAUUGGGACAACGCAUGCCUUCCAAUAGGUGUUCUUCAACCUUCUCCAAGGAUGCGAGAUGUGCCGAAGCUCUCACCCCUUGUUUCCCACCGAGUACAUGCCGAUCCCCUCUCUGGUCUGGUGUUCACCAAUGAAUCGAUUCUCACCAUCUGCCGCGAGGGCCUCAUAAAAAUCUGGGUCAGAUCAGACCAGAGUGAAAAUAAUCAACAAUCAAAUUCUUCAGAAUUUGUUUUAGGCACUGCUGUUUCAAGGGAUAGGGCGACCACAUCUUUGAAUAAAGCAAGUGGCUCCAGCUUCAAGAAACCGUCGUCUGUUCUUAUCACAUGACAGGUUGACUGAAUGUUUUCCUUCUGGGCCUUUUACUCUGCGUACCCUGGUCAUCGGUGGUCAUGUAUCUUACCGACACCGUGAUUAAUGGAGUUAAAUUCUCAAAAGGAGGCUGCCGGUGAUGGAAACGUGCAUUGGUUCGCAGAUGUUCCUGGGGUUACAGCAAUGGCAGUGUUGCCAUUUGUGUGGCGUGAAAGAAUAAUGGAAUAUGCUCCUGUACAGAUACAUAUGCUCCAAGAUAAAAUUUUAAAAUUCA